CGUCUGGCCCGGUCCACCCUCCUCCUCAUCCCCCUCUUUGGGAUCCACUACACUGUGUUUGCCUUCUCACCGGAGGACGUCAGCAAGAAAGAGAGGCUGGUGUUUGAGCUGGGGCUGGGAUCUUUUCAGGUAACACACUCCCUCCUUAGACUAGUGGGCUCGUGUAUUAGCAGUGACUCUGAGAGCAUUGUUGAAAAGGACGAACACUGUUCAACUGCUCAUCUCUCCUCUCUUGUUUUCCUCUUCAGGGUUUUGUUGUGGCUGUGCUCUACUGUUUCCUCAAUGGAGAGGUAGGAGGCUUCUGAUGUGACUGAUGAUUAGUGUCAUUAACAAUAACUGAUGUGAACUUUCUGCCUUCAGUAUUAGACUAAGUAGUAGUGUUAGUAACCACCUAGUGGACUAGACUAUGACAUUAUAACUCUGUUAUUGUUUAGUAACCACCUAGUGGACUAGACUAUGACAUUAUAACUCUGUUAUUGUCUGUUAUUCCAGGUGCAGUCUGAGGUCAAGAGGAAGUGGCGGAGCUGGAGGGUGAACCGUUACUUUACUGUGGAUCUGAAUAACCAGCAGCGCCACCCAUCCCUGGCCAGCAGCGGGGUUAACGGGGGGGGACAGCUCUCCAUGCUCAGUUCCAAGAGCUCCUCUGUCUUACAGAUACGCAUGGUGGACCCCCUGGCCGAGACACCGUCCACACUCAACCUGCCCACC